AUGGAUGCUUAUACUCGACACGAGAAGCACGGAUCACAGCCAUCGUUGAGCGAGUUCGAGGAGAUGUUCCAUGCUGUUGCCGCACGGUACAAGGAUGGGGUCUUCGUUAUUGUUGAUGCGCUGGACGAGUGCCAAAUGAACGACGAUGUUCGUUCCAAGUUCAUUGAAACACUUUUGCACCUUCAAUCCAAAGGAGAUAAUGUCAACCUCCUGGCCACAUCUCGCCCUGUACCUGAUAUUGUGGAAGCUUUUGAUGGGCACUCCCACCUUGAGAUCAUGGCCCAGAAGGACGACAUCGAGCGAUACAUACGCAACCGGAUGUCCACUUUGCGCGCGGUUUCAAAGUACCCGGACCUUCAGCAUGAGAUCAUCAGUUGUAUUGCCAGUGUCGCAGAUGGCAUGUAA